CCUCCUCCUCCUCCUCAGUCCGGACACCGGGAGACAUGUGUUAUUUAUCGCUCAGCUGUGCCACGGGACGCGCGGCUCUGGAAACUCCGGAGGAUUAAAAACAAAAACAACAACCGGCUGAUCGAGCGGCUUCUCCGGCUCCUGGAGGAACGAGCAGCGGCGGCUCUCCAGUGUCUGAUCGCCGGGGACGGAAGAGAUGGCGAGUCCGCCUCCCGCCGGGGAGCAGCAGCAGCAGCAGCCGGGGGGGAGUAGCAGCGACGUGAGGAAGAGCGGGUACCUGAAGAAGCAGAAGCACGGACACAAGCGCUUCUUCGUGCUGAAGGAGCCGAGCGGCGGCGUGCCGGCGCGGCUGGAGUACUACGAGAGCGAGAAGAAAUGGAGGAACAAGUCCGCGGCGAAGCGAGUGAUCCCGCUCGACUGCUGCCUGAACGUGAACAAGCGAGCCGACGCCAAGCACCGGUUCCUCAUCGCCCUCUACACCCGGGACGAGUACUUCGCGGUGGCGGCGGAGAGCGAGCCGGAGCAGGAGAGCUGGUACCGGCUGCUGGCGGACCUCAUGGCCGAGGGGAAGGUCCACGACGGCUCCACGUCCGACUCCGCGUCCUCGCUGGUCGGCUUCGACGAGGAGAGCUACGGGGUGAUCACGCCGGUGGCCGCCGCCUAUAAGGAGGUCUGGCAGGUGGUCCUGAAGUCCAAGGGCCUGGGGCAGAGCCGGAACCUGACCGGCGUGUACCGGCUGUGUCUCUCCAGCCGGACCAUCGGCUUCGUCAAGCUCAACUCGGAGGUCGCCUCGGUGGUCCUGCAGCUGAUGAACAUCCGGCGCUGCGGCCACUCGGACAGCUUCUUCUUCAUGGAGGUGGGCCGGUCCGCGGCCACGGGCCCCGGGGAGCUGUGGAUGCAGGCGGACGACUCCGUGGUGGCGCAGAACAUCCAUGAGACCAUCCUGGAGGCCAUGAAGGCCAUGAAGGAGAUGUCCGAGUUCCGGCCGCGCAGCAAGAGCCAGUCGUCCGGCACGAACCCGAUCUCCGUGCCCACCCGGCGGCACCUGAACCACCUGCCCCCCAGCCAGACCGGCCUCACCCGCCGCUCCCGCACCGACAGCAUGGCCGCGAUCUCUCCGGUGAGCAAGUUCUCCUCCUGCCGGAUCCGCACGGCCAGCGAGGGCGACAACACCAUGACCCGCCCCAUGUCGGUGACCGGCAGCCCGCUGAGCCCGGGGGUCCACCGGACCCUCCUGAGCAGGUCCCACACCAUCACAGCCCACCCGUGCAGGACCUUUGAGUCCUCCUCCCUCCAACACAGUAAGUCCAUGUCGAUGCCCCUGCCCCACUCCCACUCCCACCCCAUGGGCGCCCCCAGCCUGGUGAGCCUGACCUCCUGCCAGGACCCCGGGGCUCCUCGGCCCUCCAGCUGCAGCGCCUCCUUCUCCGGCUCCCCCAGUGAUGCUGGGUUCAUAUCCUGUGAGGAGUACGGCUCCAGCCCUGCGGACGGACGGGACCCCAAGCUGUCCCUCACCCUUCGCAGCAACACUCCAGAGUCCCUCCGAGCAGAGACCCCCCCCUCCCGGGAUGGCAGCGAGCUGGGUGGCUACAUGGUGAUGGAGAGGCAACAUCUGAACGGUUACCGUCGGUUACCGGAGCUGGAAAAGGCUUACAGGAAGCGCACCUACUCCCUCACCACCCCCCGGCGGCAGAGGGCCCCCCCACAGGUAUCUUCGACCUCCCUGGACGAGUACACGCUCAUGAGGGCGUCGUACACCAGCGGUCACCCGGCGUCCCGCAGGUGUCACACCGCCUCCCCCAAUGGGACGUUUCCCGAGGACUACAGGGACGUCCAGAUCGGAUCUAACGGCGUUCAAGCCGACAGUGGUUAUAUGCCAAUGACCCCAGGUGUGGCCCCCCAGACACCGAGGUCCAAGGACGAUCCCUACAUGCCAAUGAGCCCCAUGUGUGUUUCUGCUCCGAAGCAGAUCAUCAACCCCCGGUCCCACUCCUCCUCAGCAGGGCUGGUCCCGCACACAGACUCCCCCGGUAGUGUCUCUCUGGAGGACAGUGGUUACAUGCGCAUGUGGUGCGGAACCAAGAUGUCCAUGGAGAGCUCUGACGGAAAGCUCACGAACGGAGAGUACUUGAAUAUGUCUCCUGUUGACCCUCUCGUGUCUUUUACACCCCCGGACUACAUCCUGAGUCCGUCCGGAGGAGAACCCAACCCCCAGCAACUUCACCGACAGCCUUAUUUUUACAGCUCUCUACCACGCUCGCUUAAAGGCCCGUUGCCGCGCAAUGGGUCCACGGACACAGACCAGUAUGUGGUGAUGAGCUUACAGAGACAGCGGAUCGAAGAGGAGUCCAACUAUUGUCCUCUCUCGCCGGGAGACGGUGUGGCCAGCAGCUGUGCAGGGACGCCGGGCUCAGUGUCCUCGGCUGUCUCGCCUCUCAGGCUGGCUCGGGUGGACGGAGGCAUGCAACAGCGGAGCAGGGCGUGUCGACCCACCCGCCUGGCCCUGGAAUCCCUCAGAACGUUACCGUGUAUGAGUGAACACCCGCUUCCCUCCGAGCCGCGCAGCCCUGGAGAAUACAUCAACAUAGACUUUAAUAGUGCAGCCCAUAAUAACCCUCAGGCAUCCACCGUGUCAGAGAGCUCCUCGGUGGGUUUAAUGUCAGGAAAGAGGGAAUCCCUACCACUAUCAGACUGUACCAAUGUUGAGGUCACUUCCCCAGGUCACCUUGGCUCACACAAAGCCCCGGGUUCCCCCCCGCCAGGGUGCCUCAACCACACGCCUGAAGCCUUGACGUGUCCUCUGGUGAACAAACAGCAGGGCCGGCAGGGAGGAGGGGAGGAGGAGAAGGAAAAAGGCAAAGGGGGACAGGCAGAGGAGAGGGGGAUGGUAGAGGAGUAUCCUCUCCAACAGCAGGUGAGUCUGGUGUGUCAGCCUCCAUCAGUCAAGGAUGACUACACUGAGAUGACGUUCAGUGCUCCCGCCCCUCUCCCCGACGCCGCUCCCCUCCCGACCAGCCCGACUUCCUGUGUCCAGAGACUCAACCUGGGGGGCAGCACUGUGGACGGCGUGCCCCAUGUCCCGGAGGACUCAUUCCUCAUAGGAGGUCCUUCAUUAUCUGUCUCUCUUGUGGAUCCACACAGGGGGGCCAAAGUGAUCCGGGCGGACCCCCAGGGUCGCCGGCGGCACAGCUCUGAGACCUUCUCCUCCACCACCACUGUCACACCGGUGUGCCCAUCCUUCGCUCACGACACCAAACGCCACAGCUCGGCCUCGGUGGAGAACGUCUCCCGGACUGUUCAGAGCUCCGAGGCUCCCGACGAGGACUGUGGCAACAACAGCCCCAUGUGCAGAGAGAUGUCAGCCGGGUAUCAGAAUGGACUUAACUACAUUGCCUUAAACUUGAUGGAGGGGAACUUUGGAGGAUGCAGGUUAGGGGGGGGCUGUGACGGCCUCCUGAGCUUCAAGACGGCGUGCGGCUGCAAGGGAGCCAUGACCGGUUUCAACAGUAGCCCCUACGCAAGCAUGGGCUUCAAGGAGACGGCUACUGCUGUGAAAGAAUGAAGGUUGAUGGAUCCCCUCCCCCCCCGACUCCCUCCCUGUCCUGUGAAUGUCGGAUUUGGCUGCAGCCGACUGACGAGGUCACCACCACGACAGUUGGACCAUGCGCUGCAGCUGAUGUCCUUUGACCUCUUCGCUGCCUUCAAGGUUCACAGGGACUGCCAUCACCAUGGAAACAUGGACACUUGACCCUUGCCCCAAAUCUUCCCUCCGCUUCUCUUGGCACCAAAACAUUCAGGCGCCAUCGCUGCUGUAGUACUAGAUUACUUUUAAAGAGAAAAUGACAAGAACUUAAAUGGACUACUAACUCUAACCAUAGAUUGGUAACUAUUUAUCUAUUUAUCUCUGUACGUAGGCCUGCAAAAAUGAUUCUGCAGUCAAAUGUUUAUGUUAAUUGUUGUUAUUACCAUUCUCACACUUUCAACUGGCUUCCCUUUGGCUUCAGCCAAUCGUCGCCAGAAAAUCUCACCUGAAAACCUGUGAACCAAACCUGGAGAGCACGUGCGCACACACACAAGGAACCUUACAUGCAUACAGAGCACAUGUAUUUAUCUAUUUAUCUAUCAUGUCUGUAUGCUGUAAAUGAAAUGUGUGUGUCAAUUUUUAUACAGAUUGUACUACAAAAGAGGUGGCAUUUAUGAACAUAUUUAAAAUCAGAGUAAACAUUUGCUUAAAAAAAACUAAAAAACCCUACCUCAGCAAAAACCAGGUUGGUACCAAUUCUCACAGUAGAAAUAUAUAUAUAAAAUAUUUAUUUUUUGGAGGUGAAUGUUUUUUUUAGAAAUCACCAAUCCAAAGCCUUACUCUAACCAUCAGCCCUCGUAUGAUGGACCUUUUUUUUUAGUUUGGACCUAUGAAACACGCAGUAUAUCAAAGAUUUACUUCUUAGAGACUGAAUGUGCAUCAGAGCAGAGUGAGAGAGAGAGACGGCCUCUCCGAGAGCUCCUCUCCCCACACACAUCUAUGACAAUAUAAUGUAUAAAAAAAAUCCAUAGUAAUAUAUUUAUCAAUAUGCCUGAGAUGGAGGAUUUAUACACACUAAAAGAAUACUUACAGUGGAACUCUUGACACUGCAUUGCAGCUCUGUGGCCUGUCUGAGCCCAAUGCCCUGUCCACACAAAUACGGAUAUUUUGCAAAACAAACUUUUCCCUCUACGUUUUAGCCACUCGUCCACACGCAAAUGACUUUUCAAGUCAAUAAAACAAACAUUUUUUUACAAACGUCUUCCAAAGUGCAUGUUUAUGUGUAUUGGUGUGUGCAUGUAAAAUGUUUGAUGACAUCACAGCUUACCUGGCGCACACCCAUUUUGUUUUGUUUAAUGCGCAUGCACCAGAAACGGCAACAUCAAUGGCAGCUAUAUAACAGUUUUGCCUACCGUUGGUUAGCACUGCCGCUUGUUAUUAAAAGUUUGCAGCAAAAUUUAGCAUCACCGAACCGGCAUUCACAGGGUUUUCUCUUACGAGACGAAUCGUGAAUGUAGACUCUAUCGCCACCUACUGGCCCGGCAUGCUUGUGUGAGCAUUUGAGCAUUUUGCGUUCAAGUCUGGGCGGGCGUUUGGAUGGAGAUUUGUUUUCUUCUUUUCUUUAAAUGGAGGGGGAAAUAUCUGUUAAAAAUAAAAUAUCUGCAGUCGUGUAGACGAGGGCCAAGUCUCAGCAUCUUUAUAGACUUUACCAACUCACUGUUCACUUGUGAUAUCCUGCACAGCCUGCAGGAAGAGUUUGACCUGUCAAGACAAGGGACGGGCACAUGAAUGUUUGAAGUUAUUUGUACGGAGUAACUGGACAGCCCAGUAUUGUACAUUUUCUCACCUGAUGCCUCGCUGUGGGCGUCUUGUCACACCACACCAGACAACACUGAGCAAUGUGGCGGACGCCGGACGCAGUCGGUCCAACCAGCCGCUCCAUAGCUCCAACUCACAGCCUCCACUGCAUGGUCUUGCACUUACAAACUUUCAAGAUUGUAACACAAGACACGUUGAAUGUAGUACACGCUGUGAUCCAAGCUCGGGAACACACGACCCAAACAAAACACCACAGCAUCUGCGACAACAGUAGUGAAACAUGCGGAGGUAGAGAACGGAGACUGUACCACAGACACAAGCCGAAUGAAAAGAGACAAACCAGGGGAAGUAUCUUAUUAUUUAUCUGAAUUCACUGGUACCUAACCUUUGCUUCUAUACUGUAAAUAACGCAAUGUUACAGAGAAUUACAUCCAAGCAAACUCUGCAAGACUUUGAGAGAUGUUAAGUUAAAUAACUUAUGUUGUUUGUACUGUAUAUAGUAUGUUUUUGAGUGAAAUUUCUGAUACAACAAAAGCACUAAUUAAGUUAUAUGCUAAAUAGUAUGGUUUGGCUUUGAUUUUCUCUUUUUUAAACUGUCAUGGGAUAAUCUUGUGAAAUGGAUGCCACUAUGAGGACAUUUUCUAAUGCUGUAAUUCUGAAAACAUAAAGAUUUUAAGAGAAAUCAUUAAUACUUGACAUAGUUAAUUCUUGCUACCACGGUACAACACAAAUGGCAUAUAUGCAAUAUUUACACUUUUAAAAAUUAGUUUACAAAGAUGUACCAAAUGUAUAAAUACUGUUAAUAAUGUUUGUUAAAACCUUAAAUCAGACUUUUGCUGUUUGUACAUAUUUUUUUCUUCAAAUUUGAAAUGGAAACUUUGUUUGUUUUUUGAGCAGUGUUUUUUGCAUUUGGAUAAUAUUUCAAGUUUUUAUUCAGCACUUAAAGUUACAAUAUGGGCCCCGGCUUAUCCUGCUGUGUCUUUCAUUGUAAAUAUUUCAUAUCUUGCAUAUUGUGACGCUACUAAGAGAUGAUAAUUUAAACAGUUCAUUGCUUUAGAUUGUAUUGAUUCUUUAUAGACACAUGCAAUAAAUAAUGCUGUUAUUUAAGAGA